CAUGAGUAGCAAAAAAAUAUUUUACUAUAUGUGCAUUACCCUUGACUUUCAUGAUUGUUCCUCACCAUGUUGCAGUUGCUCUGCUGCGGCCCCGUUACCUCAGCUCAAGAUGUACAGCUUCAUGGGAGGGGGUCUGUUCUGUGCUAUUGUUGGUAAUAUCCUCUUGGUGGUCUCCACUGCAACUGACUACUGGAUGCAGUACCGUCUCUCUGGAAACUAUGCCCACCAGGGUCUGUGGAGGUACUGCAUGUCCAACAAGUGCUACAUGCAGACUGACAGCAUAGCUUACUGGAAUGCCACCAGGGCCUUCAUGAUCCUUUCAGGGAUGUCGUGCUUUGCAGGCAUCAUUGCUGGCCUCAUGUCUUUUGCUCACUUCUCGUCCUUUGAACGGUUCAACCGCUCCUUUGCUGCAGGAAUCAUGUUUUUUGUCUCCACUUUCUUUGUUCUGCUGGCUAUGGCCAUUUAUACUGGAGUGACAGUCAACUUCCUGGGGAGGCGGUUUGGUGACUGGCGCUUCUCCUGGUCCUACAUACUGGGCUGGGUGGCCAUGCUCAUGACCUUCUUUGCAGGUAUUUUCUACAUAUGUGCCUACAGAAUGUGUGAAUGCAGGAGAGGAACUGGCCCACGCUAGAGGGAGACAGACAGGUUGUUUAAAAAGAAAAAAGAGGACAAUGCCACUUUAAACUGAGGACAAACAGAAGGCAGUUGUGACUGAUCUACUGAAGAGAUGACGUCUGAUGCUGGAGUUCUUUGACGGUCGGCUUAACAUGUUUUCUAAAAGUCAUGUUCUUGCAAUAUGGAUUUAUUAUUUAGGAAUAGUCAUGAUGAUAGCACAGAGGUUAAUAAACUUAAUAAAUUUAA